AUGUGGGCGCAAGUGAGCCGAGGAGCUGAGGAGUUUUACGCUCGCCUUCUUCAAGAAUAUAAUGAAGAAAAGAAAGGAAUCUGUAAAGACCCAUUUAUCUAUGAGGCUGAUAUCCAAGUGCAAUUGAUCAACAAAGGUCAACCAAACCCUCUGAAAAAUAUUCUAAAUGAAAAUGACUUAGUAUUCAUUGUGGAAAAAGUGCCAUUAGAAAAGGAAGAAACAAGUCAUGUUGAAGAACUACAAACUGAAGAAACUGCUAUUUCUGAUUUCUCUACUGGUGAAAAUGUUGGACCACUUGCUUUACCAGUUGGGAAAGCAAGGCAAUUAAUUGGACUUUACACCAUGGCUCACAAUCCUAAUAUGACCCAUUUGAAGAUUAAUCAGCCAGUUACUGCCCUUCCUCCCCUUUGGAUAAGAUGUGACAGUUCAGAUCCUGAAAGUACCUGUUGGCUAGGAGCUGAGCUCAUCACAACAAAUGACAGUAUUACAGGAAUUGUCUUGUAUGUGGUUAGUUGUAAAGCUGAUAAAAAUUAUUCUGUAAGUCUGGAAAACCUAAAAAAUUCACACAAGAAAAGACAUCACUUGUCUACUGUAACAGCCAGAGGCUUUGCCCAGUAUGAGCUCUUUAAGUCCACUGUUUUGGAUGAUAUAGUCACCCCAUCACAAACUACAAUCACUUUGGAUAUUUCCUGGAGUCCUGUCGAUGAGAUUCUUCAAAUUCCCCCACUCUCUUCAACUGCAGUUCUGAAUAUUAAAGUGGAAUCAGGAGAGCCCAGAGGUUGUUUGAAUCAUCUUCACAGAGAACUGAAAUUUGUCCUUGUUUUGGCUGAUGGUUUGAAGACUGGUGUGACUGAAUGGCUCGAGCCCCUGGAAGCAAAAUCUGCUAUUGAACUUGUGCAGGAAUUUCUGAAUGGUGUGGUUUCAUAUCAAGACUUGGUGAAGUGUUUCACAUUGAUCAUCCAGAGUCUACAACGUGGUGAUAUACAGCCAUGGCUCCAUAGUGGGAGUAACAGUCUACUAAGUAAGCUCAUUCAUCAGUCUUAUCAUGGAACCAUGGACACAGUUUCUCUCAGUGGGACUAUUCCACUUCAAAUGCUUUUGGAAAUUGGCUUGGACAAACUAAAAAAAGAUUAUAUCAGUUUUUUUGUAGGUCAGGAACUUGCAUCUUUGAAUCAYUUGGAAUACUUCAUUUCUUCAUCAGUGGAGAUACAAGAACAGGUUAAUCGUGUUCAAAAACUUCACCAUAUUCUAGAAAUAAUAGUUAGUUGCAUGUUUUUCAUUCAACUUCAACAUGAGCUCCUCUUUUCUUUAACACAAUCCUGCAUAAAAUAUUAUAAACAAAAUCCUCUUGAUGAGCAACACAUUUUUCAGCUGCCAGUUAGACCRGCUGCUGUAAAAAACUUAUACCAAAGAGAAAAGCCACAGAAAUGGAGAGUGGAAAUAAAUAGCGGUCAGAAAAAGGUUAAAACAAUUUGGCAAUUGAGUGACAGUUCACCUGUAGACCAUCUGAAUUUUCAGAAACCUGAUUUUUCUGAAUUAACACUGAAUGUUAGCCUGGAAGAAAGGAUACCCUUUACUAACAUGGUUACCUGCAGCCUGGUGCAUUUUAAGUGAAGUGAGCUGAGGUGGUCCUCCAUAAGCAUACACCAAAAAGAGUGGGGGGAAAAGGUAAUUAUAACAAAUCCAGAAAACAGACAUGAACAAACUUCCAAAGCAGAAAUAGGAGGACCAUCCUGAAGAUUUCUCUAUGAAAGACGAAGCUCCAAAAUUGGUGAUCUUGUCUCAACUCUGGCUCCUGAGGAGCAGCAUUAACAGCAGGGCAGCAAUGAGUGUGCAGAGGGUGCAGACUGUGGGGACCACAAUCUCCGAGACCAUGUGCAUGUGACUGAGCAAAGGCUCUGAAAUGGAACAGAGAACAACCACCAGGUGAGCUGCGUCCCAGAAGCUUUAAGUAUACUGGAAAAACUUGG